AUGACCACCAACCUGAAGCCGGAAGGAAGCAGCCAGAUGGGAAAGGUGCUCCUGACCGCAUGCAACGUCGGGGGGGUCAUCGCCCUGUUCCUCUACAUCCUGGUGUGGAAGGCCGGCGACCUCACGGACCUGGAGGACCUGCGCAUCGGCUUCUACAACCUGUGCCUGUGGAACCAGAGCGCCGGCGGCCUGCAAUGCUUCCAGGCCACAGAGCUGCAGGCCCUUGGCGUGUCCUGGCUGAGCCUGGCCCUGGCCCGCCUGCUGGUCUACGGCGCCAUGUUGUUGACCAUCUUCGCCCUCCUGCCACUCUUCCUGAGCCCUCGCAUAGGCAACGAGAGGGGGUGGCAGCUGAGCAUGGUGCUCAUAGCCGUGUCCUCGAUGCUGCUGCCCGUCGGCCUGGGCCUCUUCCUGUGCUCUGUGCGGAGGUGGCUGCAGCCUGUGCUGCUGGGGUCCGGCUUCCUCACCCUGGCCACUAUCCAGGUCAUCCUCAUGUUCUUGCUCCUGGCCAUGGUUGCCUUUCCGCCGCAGCCGAGCAAAGGCCAGCAGCAGCCCUCUAUUUGCUAG